CCAGGAGAGGUCAGAAGGCAGUCCAAGUGGAGGGUUUGUUGUGAUAGGUCGUCGCGUUGGAUACUGGUCUGGGACCUCUUCAUUCUUUUUCUGAGUUCUUCCAGGAUACCGAGCCCUUCAUCAUCUUCUUUUUCUUCUUGGGGCCAGCAGCGACAGAAAACGGGAAGGGAAAAAGGAUCCUCCAGGUCGAAUAUAGGAAUCCUUCGUCGCAGGAUUGCACUCCAUCGUUACUGGAGAUUUUUCUGAUGCUCAACAUGAUUCGCCCUUUGAUCGUCCUGUUUCUCCUGACGGCGACGCCGCCGACGAAGGCUGAGGGGAACCCUGAACCCGCGCCGCGCCCUUCGGGGAAUCCCGUCCCCCAGCCCGCUAGGGUCGUCCUUGGCGAACGACUUGUGGAGGACGACGACACGGAGGUGAAGAGAGAUCGAGAACCUCUGCUGAGAUCUUCCAAGAUUUUUUCAUUUGGAGACCCCAUCUUUGGAGCGAUAGGACUCACGGGACAAGGACCUCUAGGAGUUUCGCUAGGACUCUCGCCGGUACUUCCGGUCCGGCCUCACGCAGGUCGACCUGUUCUUGUCGCAACACAUAGACCCGAGUGUGCUUUAGACGAGGACUACUGUGCCUAUAACCAGCUGUAUCCACUGGACAAGGUGAAUUCCAUAAUAGACCGAUUCUACAACGAUGUGAGGCUCCUCUAUAAUGACCUGUACCAGUUUCCUCCCGGGGACCUCAUCUACUAUGAAAACCGCACCUCUUCUGAUAAGCGUGGAGGUCACUUCGUCUGCGAGAGCUCAGUCCAAUACCUGAGACCCGGGUGGGCACAGAAUCUCCACGGGGAAUGGGUAGCCGUCAUCAACACGGACAAGUUCCCACAGUCCAUAAGAGUGGAGAACUGCAGGUACAAAGACAAGAGGUGCGAGUAUCUUCCCCCCUGCUAUAAGUCUAAGUGUGUCCAAAGAUACAACUACGUCAAACUUCUCUGCUUGGAUCCCUACCGUCCUACUUAUCGGCCUACAGUGGAUGUCUUCAAAGUGCCCUCUGCUUGCUCCUGUUUUGUUGAAGAUUUCACCUAUUACUGAGAUAUAUUUCUGAGUCUUACAC